UCCGCGGCCCGGCCGCAGCCCAGGCCGCCGAGGGAGCGGGCGGGGCCGGCGCCAUGGCCGAGCGGGGCCGCCUGGGCCUGGCCGGCGCGCCCGCCGCGCUCAACACGCCGGUCCCCAUGAACCUGUUUGCCACCUGGGAGGUGGACGGCUCCAGCCCCAGCUGCGUGCCCAGGUUGUGUAGCCUGACCUUGAAGAAGCUGGUGGUGUUCAAGGAGCUGGAGAAGGAGCUCAUCUCGGUGGUGAUUGCCGUCAAGAUGCAGGGCUCCAAGCGGAUCCUGCGCUCCCAUGAGAUCGUGCUGCCCCCCAGUGGACAAGUGGAGACGGACCUGGCGCUGACCUUCUCCCUGCAGUACCCUCACUUCCUGAAGAGAGAAGGCAACAAACUCCAGGUCAUGCUGCAGCGGAGGAAACGGUACAAGAACCGAACGAUCCUGGGCUACAAGACGCUGGCGGCAGGCUCCAUCAACAUGGCCGAGGUGAUGCAGCACCCCUCCGAGGGCGGCCAGGUGCUCAGCCUCUGCAGCAGCCUCAAGGAGGCCUCAGUCAAGGUGGCCGAGAUCUGGAUCUUCUCACUGUCCAGCCAGCCCAUCGACCACGAGGACAGCGCCAUGCAGGCGGGGCCCAAGGCCAAGUCUGCAGAUAACUACUCCGAGGAAGAGUACGAGAGCUUCUCCUCUGAGCAGGAGGCCAGUGACGAUGCCGUACAAGGGCAGGACUUGGAUGAGGAGGACUUUGAUGUGGGGAAACCCAAGAAGCAGCGACGAUCGAUAGUAAGAACGGCGUCCAUGACCAGGCAACAAAACUUCAAGCAGAAGGUCGUGGCCUUGCUGCGGAGGUUCAAAGUGUCGGACGAGGUCCUGGAUUCGGAGCAGGACCCUGCAGACCAUGUCCCCGAGGCAGAGGAGGACCUGGACCUCCUGUAUGACACGUUGGACAUGGAAAACCCCAGUGACAGUGGCCCGGACCUGGAGGACGAUGACAGUGUCCUCAGCACCCCCAAGCCAAAACUCAGGCCCUACUUCGAAGGGCUGUCGCACUCCAGCUCGCAGACAGAGAUCGGGAGCCUCCACAGCGUCCGGAGCCACAAGGAGCCUCCGAGUCCGGCCGACGUGCCUGAGAAGACCCGGGCCCUCGGAAGCAAACAGCCCAGCGACAGCACCUCCGACACGGUGACCCACAGCACGCCCGCCCCUGGGGAGCAGCCGGCACAGCCGGAGGACAGCCCAGAGGCAGAGACCUCCGCUCUGGACGUGUUUGCCGAGAAGCUGCCGCCCAGCGGGCGGAUCACCAAGACGGAGUCCCUCGUCCUCCCCUCCACCAGGUCUGAGGGGAAGCAGGCCGGCCGCCGGGGUCGGAGCACAUCUCUGAAGGAGCGGCAGCCCGCGAGGCCGCAGAACGAGCGGGCCAACAGUCUGGACAACGAGCGGUGCCCGGACACGAGGAGCCAGCUGCAGGUGUUGUGGGGGGACUUGUGUCUCCAGAUCCCCAGGAAGACCGUGUAUGACCAGUUAAACCACAUCCUCAUCUCUGACGACCAGCUUCCGGAGAACAUCAUUCUCGUCAACACCUCCGACUGGCAGGGGCAGUUCCUGUCAGAGGUCCUGCAGAGGCACGCGCUCCCCGUGGUGUGCACCUGCUCUGCGGCGGACGUCCAAGCGGCCUUCAGCACCAUUGUCUCGAGGAUCCAGAGAUACUGCAACUGCAACUCACAGCCACCGACACCCGUGAAGAUCGCCGUGGCCGGGGCGCAGCACUACCUCAGCGCCGUGCUGCGGCUCUUCGUGGAGCAGCUGUCCCACAAGACCCCCGACUGGCUGGGCUACAUGCGCUUUCUCGUCAUCCCGCUGGGCUCCCACCCCGUGGCCCGGUACCUGGGCUCCGUGGACUACCGCUACAACAACUUUUUCCAGGACCUGGCCUGGAGAGACCUGUUCAACAAGCUGGAGGCCCAGAGCGCUGUGCAGGACACGCCGGACAUCGUGUCGAGGAUCACACAGUACAUCGCAGGUGCCAACUGUGCGCACCAGCUGCCCAUCGCAGAGGCCAUGCUGACCUACAAGCAGAAGAGGAAAAAGAACUUUCACUUUGACUUUACCCUCAGCCCUGACGAAGAGUCCUCUCAAAAGUUCAUUCCCUUCGUAGGGGUGGUGAAGGUUGGGAUAGUGGAACCGUCCUCAGCCACGUCAGGUGACUCCGAUGACGCGGCCCCCUCGGGCUCCAGUGUGCUCUCAUCCACCCCACCGUCCACGUCUCCCGCGGCCAAGGAGGCCUCGCCCACCCCGCCUUCCUCCCCGUCGGUGAGCGGGGGCCUGUCCUCCCCCAGCCAGGGCAUUGGUGCCGAGCUGAUGGGGCUGCAGGUGGACUACUGGACGGCAGCUCCGCCCGCAGACAGGAAGAGAGAGGUGGAGAAGAAGGAUCUGCCCGCCACCAAAAACACGCUCAAGUGCACCUUCCGGUCUCUCCAGGUCAGCAGGCUGCCCGGCAGUGGUGAGGCCGCAGCCACGCCCACCAUGUCCAUGACCGUGGUCACCAAGGAGAAGAACAAGAAGGUGAUGUUUCUGCCCAAGAAAACCAAGGACAAGGACGUGGAGUCCAAGAGCCAGUGCAUCGAGGGCAUCAGCCGUCUCAUCUGCACGGCCAAACACCAGCAGAACAUGCUGCGGGUCCUCAUCGACGGUGUGGAGUGGAACGACGUGAAGUUCUUCCAGCUGGCGGCCCAGUGGUCCUCCCACGUGAAGCACUUCCCCAUCUGCAUCUUCGGGCACUCCAAGUCCGCCUGCUAGCCCUGCCCCGAAGCCCCGGACGGCGAGCGCCGGGAGGGCCCAGCUGCUUUUCUGUUAACAUUUCAGUUUACUACAGAGACCCUUAAAAACACAAAGAAAAACAGUCUGAAGUAUGAAUGUGCUCUCCACCCGGAAACUCGCCAGGAGCCCCCACCCCUGGAGCCCAUUAACUGCUCUGCCAUUAACCACAUGUGCCAGGGGGGCAGGGGAGGCGUGGGGAGGUCGGGCGGGCAGCACUGAGCUUGGAGAACCACGAGGUGUGUUCCAGCCUCAGGACCUCCUGAGCCCCCCCAGCAAGAAGGGUCCUCACCUUCGCGUCCUGUCCUUCCUGAAAGCCAGGACUCUGCUUCCUCAGGGAGCUGGGGUCAGGCGGGCGGCCGCACAGAUCGGCGGGUGCCUGUGUGCGCAGGCACAGAGCUGGGUGCUGGACGCUGAAGGCCUCCCGUCGGGAGUGCCCUGAGCAGAACAUGGAGGCUGAGCAGCUGUCCAGCGGCACGAGGCGCCCCAGCACCGCCCACUUGUGGUUCCCAAUAAACUCCAGCCUUGCGAGGCCGCGGAGGUUUUAUAGUAGCAGACGUUUUAAAUGCUUUUAAAUACAUGUUAUAACGUAGCUACCAGACGCUGCUCUUCUGAUGUCCCAGCAGCCCCUGGGGCUGGGGCAGAGCCAGCCAGUGCGGUCCCACAUCCCAGCCCCCGACUCACUGUCCCUCUGGCCACUCUGGAGCCAUCACCAUGCUUCCACUGGUCAUCCCUGUCCCAGACUUAGCAAGCACAGUGGCCCCCAUCGCUGGCCCCAGCCCACUUGGCCUCCUCCCCCCGGCCUCUCUGGGCCAAGCUCCCUCGAGCAAGUUUGUGGGUUUGGGUCCCAGCCUGGGGGCCAGCAUCGCCCCCUGCCUUCCCACCUGCGGCAAGAGCCCAGCCCAAUCCCACUGCUCCCCCCACAGCCCUGCAGCCCACCGUGCACGGGAAGAGCCCACCAGUUCCCAUGCUUGGCAGCUUUGGCCCAGGGACCCUGGCAGCCCCCCAGGGGGCCACGCCGGCUAUGCUCAGAACACAGUGCCAAAGGCAGGCCGCAGGCUGCAGCACAUUCCCGUUCUUGCAGAGGACGGGCGUCACCAACAGCCCAUGGCACCGACAGGUCUGCUCCUGGAGGAUGAGCCAUGGCCCAUUUUUCUUCCCUGUGACCUACCCACUUACUUCCUCCUGCAAGGCCGUACAGGGUGUCAGCCUCAUGGUCAGUGCCCCUGGGCUAGUUAGGGAACAAGGGAACACGGGUCUGGCCUUGUGUGUGGCCCUGCCUCAGGGGUGCGUGCAGGCAGAAGACCUUCCCCGAGGGCCCAGACUCCUCCCCUGACAGCUCCUGGCUUGGAAGGACGGGGUCAGGGUGCAGGCCACUGUGCCCUGGUGCCUCUGGUGGCCUGUGACAUCUGCCAGCAGCUACCCUCAGAAGCAGGCCCUGGGACCUUGAGCCUCCCUGCCCUGUUCCCGCUGCUGGGCCUCAGGGCCUUGGUCACUGGUCCUCAAGGUUCCUUUCCAAAAGUGACUCAGCAGGAAGGAGGGACAGGUGAGACUCCUGACUUCACUUUCUACCUGCAGAACUGACUUGAGAGAAAGGAACCAAAGUGGGGGAAGUCAUGUCCACUCCAGCGUGGUGGUGGGGGGGUGUCCCUCUGCUGGGACCACACCCCCCAAAUCCACUUCCAUAGCUAUGUCCUCAGACACGCAGGGGAGCACCUAUGCCCCUGGCCUACAGAGCCUGGCUACAGUCUGUCCUGUUCUAAGUGCCACGGGGCCCACCCACCACACUGUCCCCAGGCCCAGGAGGUCAUGCACACAGUCCCAGCCACUGUGACUCCAUCAGAGACGUGGGCUGUGCUCACCCUGUGCCUCAGCUUCCCCAGUGGCUAA